UCUGCACGUACCUUUAGCACUUGCACUACGAAGCAGCUACGGAGAAGUGCAGAGUUGUGCCUACACCGAGCUCUAUGAUGCCCAGGUGGAAAGGACCUUCUGGGGAAAUGUUCAGGUGAAGUAUUGCGGGACAUCUAUCACCCUGACUCAGUCAUCUGCCCAGCCAUCUGCGUGGACCAUUGUGAACUGGUGGGAUCCAAAGCUCCAAAACACUUCUCUGACCGAUGAUGACCUGAAGACUUUCAAGGAGCACUUGGGCUCAUAUGAGCAUUCCAUGGCAGUCGGAAUGCUUGGUCGUGGUUUGGUCCCGGCACAACCGGAAAAUGGCGAGUGGGCGUGGAAACAGAGCGACCCAGUUGCUUUGGUACGAGAAGUGCUGAACUUCGAGGUGAAGUUGGCACGUGGCUUGAACAAACUACCGGACGCGACUAAUCAGACCUACUUUUGGAGAGGUGCAUGGCUGCCGCCAGAGGCACUUGAUUCUCUGAGGGCCGGCUCCACGGUGAGCUUCCCGUGGUUUCAAUCUGCAACAACAGAUGAAGUGCAUUCCUAUACGUUUAUUCACACGAAGUGGCAGCCUACAUUUUGCGCGCCAUCUUGUGAACGGCGAGGUUAUGCCUUUCCUGUCCAUUUUCACAUCGAGAGCUGCCAUGCCAAGGAUAUGCGGAAAUGGAACGCAGAUGAGUCGGAGUUUAUCCUUUUGCCAAAUUUGCGCUUUGAAGUUGUGAAUGUCACAAAGAUCGCCAACGAUCCUGUUUGGGAGGCCACGGCAAAGGAAAUGGAAGCAUGGCUGAGGCAGAAGCACGAGUUGCCAGAGUGGUACAUGAAGCAGGACUUUUUUCGCAGCAACAAGGACCCGAAAGUAGUGGGGCCCUGGCCCAAAGUUGCUGACGUGGUGAGAGAUUGGCACAUGAAUGGACCUGUCUUCCUCGCUUGGUACAACGUCAGGACUCUCACAGCACAGAUCAACAAUGGCCGACGGGGGGGAGGUUCUCCAUAUGAGGAAACUUCCAGUGCACAGUGUUCAGUGGAAAAGGAGCUGCCUGAUUUCGAUGAGGAGGAGCAGAAGGAUGAGAAAGACAAGGAGAAUGGCGAUGCCAAGAAAGCGAGCCAAGCAGGAAUGCAUGCGUCCGGCUUUAAGGACUUCCUGUUGAAACCCGAAUUGCUCCGAGCCAUUGUGGACUGUGGCUUCGAGCAUCCCUCAGAGGUCCAGCACGAAUGCAUUCCGCAAGCGAUCCUGGGUACCGACGUGCUGUGCCAAGCAAAGUCCGGCAUGGGAAAGACCGCCGUUUUCGUGCUUGCGUGCUUGCAGCAGAUUGAUUCCUCUGAGAAGGCAGUUCGAACCUUGGUCGUUUGCCACACCCGAGAGUUGGCAUAUCAGAUCAAACAAGAGUUCGAACGCUUCUCCAAGUACUUCUCGGGCGUCAAGUCGGCCGUGGUCUACGGUGGCACCCCCAUGUCAACUGACAAGGAGAUGCUCAAGGAUUCCUGUCCGCACGUCCUCAUUGGCACCCCAGGGAGAAUGCUUGCGCUGCUCAGAGAGAAGGACUUGAAACUGGACAAGCUGCAGCACUUUGUCCUGGAUGAGUGCGACAAGUGCUUGGACAAGAUCGACAUGCGAAAGGAUGUGCAGUCCAUCUUCAUGGAAUCUCCAAAGAAGAAGCAGGUCAUGAUGUUCAGCGCUACCAUGAGUGCCGAGACCAGGGCUUUGUGCAAGAAGUUCAUGACUGAUCCGCACGAAAUUCGUGUCGAUGAAGAGUCAAAGUUGACACUGCACGGGUUGCUUCAGUACUAUGUGAAGCUGACGGAGAAGGAGAAAAACCGAAAGCUGAACGACUUGCUGGAUGCCUUGGAAUUUAACCAGGUGGUGAUCUUUGUGAAGUCUGUGCAGCGUGCCGUUGCCCUCGACAAGUUGUUGGUGGAGUGCAACUUCCCCUCAAUCGCUAUCCACUCUGGCCUCCAGCAGGAUGAGCGGAUUGCGAGGUAUAAGCAGUUCAAGGAGUUCCAGAAGCGCAUCCUGGUAGCCACUGACCUCUUCGGGCGAGGAAUUGAUAUUGAGCGAGUGAACAUCGUCAUCAACUAUGACAUGCCGGAUGAGAGUGACUCCUACUUGCACCGCGUGGGCCGCGCUGGGCGCUUCGGCACCAAGGGCUUGGCUCUGACCUUCGUGGCCACGGAUGAGGACUCGGAGGUAUUGAAGAAGGUGCAGGAGCGCUUCGAGGUGAACAUUGGAGAGAUGCCAGGUCAAAUUGACACCACCUCCUACUUGAACGCGUGA